CAUCUCCUACCUACCACCAACCGCCCAUCUGCCCAUCUGCUUUGCCAGCACCAUUAACUACUCAAUCUUGUCCUCAUCCAUAACUUUCUCCCAGAAGACUCGUGAUCGAUGUUGCGAAAUUGAUCAACCUCAUCAGGGACGAAAAGCCCCCGCAGCAAACUCCCUCGUCCUCCUCGUCCUCGUCUGCCCUUUCCACCUGCAACACCUCCCCACCCUUGUCCAGUCUCGUACCAUCUAUGCACCAUGGCAGUGUCAGGCAUCAUUCCCUUCCUGGUCGGCAUGAUGUUGCUAACCGGCUGUGCCAAUACAAUCCUCACAAAAUAUCAAGACCAACAAUGCAUCAGGAAUUGUGACGACCUCGACCCCACCAAGCACCACGCCUUUGAACAACCCGUGAUACAAACUGUUCAGAUGUUCAUUGGAGAAUCCGGCUGCUGGCUGGUCAUUUUCGGUUUCUACAUCUAUCGACGAGUGGUGGCUCGCGCCCACGAUCAGCCCCUCCUUUAUCAACCCGUCAACACCGAAGAAGACGAAGAAGACGAAGAAGAAGCCAUACAUCGGUCUCCCACGAGCCCUGCCCUUAAGCCGCUGAUUCCAAAUGCCGAUGACAGAGCCCCUUUGCAAGGCUGGAAGAUCGCCCUUCUCGCCUUACCGUCAACCUGCGACCUGACUGGCACCACUCUGAUGAAUGUCGGCCUGCUCUUCGUCGCUGCAUCCAUCUACCAAAUGACUCGAGGCGCCUUGGUUCUUUUUGUCGGCCUCUUUAGUGUUUUGUUCCUUGGCAGAAAACUAUAUCUCUAUCACUGGCUCUCCCUGGUGAUCGUCGUCCUUGGUGUUGCCGUCGUCGGUCUCGCGGGUGCCGUUUAUUCUGGCGACAAGGAUUCUUCUUCGUCCGGCGCCACUCUACCAGUCGUCAUGCACUCGAGCCUGCAUGCUGUGAGAGAUCUGCUCGUCUACACCACUGAACCCACCGUCCUCAGGACCAUCUUGGGUAUUUUUCUGAUCGCCUUCGCUCAGGUCUUCACUGCCACUCAAUUCUGUCUCGAGGAGUGGAUUCUCGAAAAGUACGCCCUUGAACCGUUGAAGGUGGUCGCGUGGGAGGGUUUGUUUGGCUUCGCCGUCACCGUUAUCCUUCAGAUCAUCCUGCAUUUCACUGUCGGCGUUUCACCAAAGGGCAGGUUUGGCUAUUUUGAUGCCCAGGAAGGGUAUCGUCAAAUGCUGACUAAUCGUGUAAUCGGCCUGACUAGCAUCGCCAUCAUGUUUUCAAUCGGCGGCUUCAAUUUCUUCGGUCUUUCAGUGACUAGGAGCAUCUCAGCAACCUCAAGGUCCAUCAUCGACACCUGCAGGACGCUUUUCAUCUGGCUCGUCUCUCUUGGCCUAGGAUGGGAAUCCUUCAAGUGGCUUCAAGUUGUCGGAUUUGCCCUCUUGGUCUACGGAACAUUCAUGUUCAAUGACCUUGUCCGGCCACCCAUCAAGGCCCUUCUUCCAAGAAACCGAGCGGACCAGCAUGAACAUGAAGAACUGCUUCCCGAAGGCCCCAUCGACCACUUGUGAUUGCUGUACGCUAAACUUUGAUAAACAUGGCUUGUCUGUACAUAACCAUAUAUUGCGCUCCCUAGAUAGAAAACAUUCCUGGUUUUCCUGACAACU